AUGAGCCGAACCACUAAGCAGCUGAUCCAGAUCGGGGUCCACAAACAACUCAGACCGAAAGUGAAGAACUUCAAACUGACGGUGGAGUGUCAUGGAAUGCGGCCGCAGAUCUCAGAGCUCAUUCGCCACAACUACCCGAAUCUUCAGGACGAGAAAGGCACAGAGAAUCGACCGAGCCUGCGUGGGUUUCAGCAUGAUGUCCUAUUUUUCAACCACAAGUAUCCGGAAGCCAAACACAAGGUUUUGGUCGACAGGCUUGACCAGAGUGCUGCUGCCGGUAAACAGAACCCAUUUGAAGCCGAGAUGGUCUUGAAGGGAUCUCAAUACCUUGGUCAGCAGGGCUGCAAGACGGAUUAUCUUGUCAUCCUCAAGCCAUAUCUUUGUCAGCAGAUUUCCGGAAACAAUCUCUUCGGCAACCUACACCCUCAACAUUGUUACGGUCUGCUUCUGAACCUCCUGAAGAUGAAGAAGCUUGAUAUUACCGAGCUGGCGGUUUCUCCUACUCUGGAGAGCAAGCCAUUGGCCAAAUUCAGCACGUCGACGCGAACGCCUUCGUAG